GCGCGAUUUACUUUCAUGACUUAUCGCUUCUUUCUAAUUUAUUUAUUAAAGAGAUAUUUCUUUUUAAUGACAAACGGGAGCGGGAAAGCCAGAAGUGAACGCAUAAAAUUUGGUACCAGAAGCCAAUAGGCCGUGCACAUAAAUCACCUUGAAAUAAAAAAUGUGCAUUGUUGUUGUGGUUGUUGUUGCCCCUCUUGACGGUAUAAAAUUUGGCUGCAGCGAGACAUUUCCGUGAGAAUGGACUCACCAACACCGCCAAUUGUAAUCGACGAUCCGAACGGUUCAGCAAUGGACGCUUGCUUUACGGCAUUCGAUAAGGACGGCGAUGACCGCCUAAGUUUAGCCGAAUUUACGCUCAUCUGUCGGGCGUUAUUCCGCAACGACAAGGGACACAUUUACGAUGUGCCAGCGGAUCGAUUGCAGCAGAUUUUCGAAGUAUUCGAUACGGACGGUGAUGGCUAUAUUGACAGGGAGGAAUUUAAAUUUUGCUGGAAUCGUUGGAUAAAAACGAUUCUGGAACCCACCAACAAUCUGUUGGAUACCGUGGACUUUGAUGCUGUUUUUUACUCACUCGAUUGGCAUCCAAGCGAUCAUGUUUCGUUUAUCGACAACGUGAAAAUGAGACCCAUGGAUGAGUCGUCGCCGAUCGACGCCGAUUCAGCGCAAGUCUUCGAUACAGUCAUCUUUGCUGGCCCACCACCGAUGAAGCAACGUCUCUGGCCACGCCAUUGCGUGCAAGAUUCGUGGGGCGCUGAGUUGCAUAAGGAGUUGAAAGUUGUUGAUAACGGUAUUAAAAUAUACAAAGGUACAAAUCCAGAAGUCGAUUCAUAUUCCGUAUUCUGGGACAAUAAGAAGCUCUCUGACACAACAUUGAAUGCGCAGCUAAAGAUGAAGGGCACAACAGACAUCUACGUAUGUGGCUUGGCGUAUGAUGUGUGCGUGGGUGCUACAGCCGUCGACGCUUUGUCAGUUGGUUAUCGCACGAUUUUAAUUGAUGACUGCUGUCGAGGUACAGAUUUUCAUGAUAUCGAACGCACCAAGGAGAAGGUGAUUACUAAUCAUGGUGUGAUUGUGCACUCGAGUGAGGUCCGUGGCAUGGUCGAAGGACGGGAUCGCCGUCCAGAGCUGGGUUACAAAUUGGCAAUGGAACUUAAAAAUCCCGAUUCGGCGCUAUCACAACGCAAUGGCAUACGCCAUAUCGAUUAAGUGGGCGAUACGAAGUGGCGAGCAAGAAUGCCGAGCGAGGCACAAGUACAAGAAUGACACAAAUAUUCCAGUAUCCUACGUAAACGCUUAAAUACAAAAGAAAAAUAAAAAAACAUAGCUUACCAAGUGGCUUUAAAAACAUGCGCUAGAUAGCAUAUUUUAACAACAAUACAAUAUACACAAAUGUUUAGUUAGCUUAAGAGCAACAAAGCAACACUUAUACACUUACUUAAUGUGGGUUGUGAGAAAAUGCGCUGAUACGAUUAUGAAAUGGAACAAUUCAAUGACACAAAAAAAAACCGAAUAUUUAUUAUGUAGUGGCAUAGCUUUUAAUUAAACUUAAAUUAUUUAAAAUAUUUUAACUUAUUACACACCAAAACAGAUAUAAGAAAUAGUGAUUUAAAUUUAAAAAAAAAAUAAUGGUACUUAUCAAUAUUGUGCACGAUUUAUUUAAGGUGAGCUGAAAGUGAAAUGUUGAAAACUCUCGCAGAUGACAAUGAAAAUAUUACAAACAUACAUGCAUACGGACUACGUAAAAACUUAGUAGUUUGGUUGGCUAAAAGAAAAAUGAAUGUUGAGUGUGCUAAAUGUGAAUUGGAAGUGAAAAUGUCAAA